AUGCAAGCAGUUGUCGAUGCCUCUGCAGAAGGAGGAUUGAUGAACAAGUCAUAUACGAAGGAAAAUAACAUAUUGGAUCGCAUCUCGCAGCAUUCUGAUGAGUGGAUUGAUACUGGGCUUGAGGUAAGAGGUCUGAAGCAAGAAAGAGCAGAAAGUGCCGAUGUGUCAACCGAUACAAUGAGCGCACUGGUCGAUCAGAUGACUAUAAUGACCUCAAUUCUCCAGACAAUGACUAACCAACAGAGAACUCUUUCUCAGGAAUCAGCACAAGUUAAUGCAUUGACUCACGUGGCCCCAAUAAAUUGCGUCCAAUGCAGAGAGGGGCAUCCAGUAGAGUUCUGCCCAUGGAAUCAACAACCUGUGUAUGCCGUUUACGAUGAAUCAUUUUGCAACAUCUAUAACCCUGGUUGGUGGGAUCACCUAACUAUAGGUUGGGACGGGAAUCACAAUCAGGAGAGCCAUAGUUUCUAUCAGUAUAGUUAUCAGGGGGAUCGAGGCAACACUCCGAUCAUCAUUAAUUCGGAUUGUAGCCCAAGUAAUGCCCAAGGGCAAGCACUCAUCGAUGUGCAAAAAGGAGAAUUGACCAUCAGGGUCGACGAUCAGGAAGUAAAAUUCAACAUACUCAAUGCGUUAAAGUACCCAGUGGAUGUGGAAAAUUGCCAAUACAUUGAGGAACUGUGGGAAGAACCUUGGCAUGAAUUUCUGAAGGAGCUGGAGGAAGAAGAUUUUGACAUCGGCAUAAUAUUGGAGGAGGACUGCGCCGCAAUUCAUAUUGAAUCAAAUUUUGAAUCUUUCAAGUUAUCAAAAUGGACAUCACAACGCAUUAAGCCAUCUCUGGAAGAUCCACAUGUGCUAGAGUUAAAGCCAUUGCCCGUGCACCUUAAGUAUGCUUACUUAGGAAGUAACGACACAUUACUGGUUAUCAUUUCCGCAUCGUUGAGUAAGGAAAAAGAAGAUGCGCUCAUACAGAUCCUAAAGAGUAUUGCAAAGGCAUUAGGAUGGACCUUGGCAGACAUUCGAGAAAUCAGCCCCUCAUAUUGUAUGCACGAGAUUCAUUUGGAGGAAGGAAAGACUGGAUCAGUAGAAAGGCAACGUCGCUUGAACCCUACCAUGAGGGUGGUCGUGAAAAAGGAAAUAGUAAAGUGGCUGGACGCAGGUGUCAUCUACCCGAUAUCUAAUAGCAGCUGGGUAAGCCCAGUGCAGUGUGUUCCAAAGAAAGGAGGGAUGACAAUCAUCACUAAUGACAAGAAUGAAUUAAUUCCCACGAGAACGACUACGGGGUGGAGAAUUUGUAUGGAUUAUUGCAAGCUGAAUUUGGCCACCAAAAAGGACCAUUUCCCACUCUCGUUCAUUGAUCAGAUGUUAGACAGACUUGCAGGGAAUGAAGUCUUCUGUUUUCUUGAUGGGUAUUCAGGGUACAACCAGAUAGUAAUAGCACCGGAGGACCAAGACAAGACAACCUUAACGUGCCCAUUUGGUACGUUUGCAUUCCGACGUAUGCCAUUUGGACUCUGUAAUGCGCCAUGCACUUUUCAACGAUGCAUGAUGGCAAUAUUCUCAGAUUACUUGGAGGAGUCAGUCAAGGUAUUCAUGGAUGAUUUCUCAUUUUUCGGCAAUAACUACGACUCCUGUUUAUCCAACCUUGAAAUGGUCUUGAAGAGAUGCGUAGCAACAAAUCCUUUUUUGAACUGGGAAAAAUGCCACUUUAUGAUGGAAGAAGGAAUAGUUCUGGGUCACAAAAUCUCUAAGGCCGGCUUGGAAGUUGAUCAGGCAAAGAUUGAUGCAAUUUCUAAGUUACCCCCACUAGUGAACGUAAAGACACUUAGGAGCUUUCUGGGACACGCUGGGUUUUAUAGAAGAUUUAUUCGCAACUUCUCCCAAAUCCCAAGGCCCCUAAGUGCACUACUGGAAGCUGACCGAGAAUACAAUUUUGAUGACGCAUGCACCAAAGCAUUCAACACAUUGAAAGAUGCGCUCAUCUCCACACCUAUUUUGAUUGCACCAGAUUGGACGCAACCAUUUGCGUUGAUGUGCGAUGCUAGCAGAUAUGUUGUGGGUGCAGUUUUGAGUCAGCGCAAGGACAAGGUAUUGCAUUCUAUUUAUUAUGCAAGUAAAACAUUGAAUGAUGCACAGGAAAACUAUACAACCACAGAGAAGGAAAUGCUCGCAGUGGUAUUUGCACUGGAGAAAUUCCGCUACUUAAUCGGAACAAACGUUGUGGUGUAUACAGAUCACUCUGCGAUCAAGUACUUGAUGACAAAGAAGGAUGCAAAACCAAGGCUUAUGCGGUGGGUGUUGCUAUUGCAAGAGUUUGACCUAGAGAUCAAAGAUCGGAAGGGCACCAAGAACCAAGUCACGAAUCAUUUAUCAGGAUUGGAGAAUUGCGAGGUUCAAGGGACAGGAAAAGAUAUCGAGGAAAGAUUCCCUGACAAGCUGCUGAUGGCAGUAGACAUUAAUAUUCCCUGGUAUGCAGACAUAGUGAACUUCAUUGUAUGCGAUGUCAAGAGAAUGGGGAAUAUGUUAAAAAGGAAUGAAAUGGCAUUGACGUCAAUCUUAGAAGUGGAAUUAUUUGAUGUUUGGGGAAUUGACUUCAUGGGCCCAUUUCCACAAUCCGAAGGUCAUCACUAUAUUCUGGUCGCGGUUGAUUAUAUAUCAAAAUGGGUUGAGGCCAUCGCAUGUGCCAAGAAUGAUGCGGCCAUAGUGGCGAAGUUUCCGAAGAAGAACAUUUUUGCUCGAUAUGGGAUGCGAUGA